ACCUCCUGUAAAAAUAUACAUUUAUUUUAAGAUUUACACUGAAGCCUAACUCACGUGCUCUGGGGCUGCUUUCUGAUCAGCUUUGCCGCACCCAACAGAAACUCUUAAGACUACAUCUCCCAGAAAUGCUUGCGGCUCAGGGCGGAAGUGUCGUCCCUGAGAUACUUAAAGAGCUGCUUCACAGGCAGCUGAAACAGACCAAUGCGUAGCGGGGGUGAACCUGCCGAGGCAGCGAUGGGACGAGCACCGAGACCUGACAGCCUGCGCCGGAAUUUAGGCUGAACCGCAUCCUAUCGCGCCGGGAGGGUCCAACGGGUCUACGUGACUUCAUCCCGGUUGAUCUUCCCGGUCCCGUCCCGUCCCUCCAGAGGCGUCAUGUCUUUAUUCAUCCCCACAUUUACGCAUGGAACCGGUGGAGUCGGCGCUGAAGUUGACGCGGCGGUGUCCUGUGGAUGUUGCGGUGCUCCCUCUCAAACUCGCCUAGGUGUGGGCGCUCUCGGAGGGGCUGCAUGCCUCCGUGUGCGGGACGGUGAAAUAGAUAAUCAUAAUUGUGUGGCAGACACAGAAGGAGCGCGGCUGAGAAGCAGAUAAAGGAAUUAUAAACCUCUCUGUGUGACCGAGGAGCUGUGAGAGCCGCGGAUCGCUCUGCUGCUGGAGACUUUCUGCAGAACUGUUUUAUAGACCGCUGGACGUUGUUGUGGAUUGUGUUGCUGUGUAAUGCGAUGGGCUGCAUCCAGAGUAUCAGGUGUAAGCCCAAGAGUUUCCGUGACAGUGUCAUCGUCCUGGAGGUGAACACUGCCAUCGAUUCCAAACCCACCAGCAUCGACGAGUCUAACAGCGUGGUCCUGCGCUACCGAACGCCGUUUUUCCGCGCACACGCCCAGAUCCUGGUGCCGCCUUUGCCCUGUCAAGAGACGUGGACCAUCGGCUGGAUUCAAGCGUGUAACCACAUGGAGUUCUAUAAUACGUAUGGAGACAAAGGGAUGUCAAGUUGGGAGCUCCCAGACCUGCGUGACGGCAAGAUCCAAGCCAUUAGUGACUCGGAUGGAGUCAACUACCCAUGGUACGGUAAUACCACAGAGACCUUCACUGUUGUCGGCCCCACAAAGAGGGAAAGCAGGUUCACCAUUAGCAUGAAUGACAAUUUCUACCCCAGCGUGACCUGGAGCGUGCCAGUCAGUGACAGCAAUGUGUCUCAGCUUAGCAGCAUCCACCGUAACCAGAGCUUUACGACAUGGCUGGUGGCCAUCAACCAGGCCACCUCAGAGACUAUCGUCCUGAAGACAAUCCGCUGGAGGAUGCAGCUCUACAUCACAGUGGAUCCGGACAAGCCUCUGGGUGAGCGGGCUGUUCUGAACGAGCCUGUGAUCCAAGAGCAGCCCCAGAUUCUUUGCAAGAACGAGUCCAUCCUCGCAAACGCCAUGGUCAAGCCUAACGCCAAUGACGCCCAGGUACUGAUGUGGCGGCCAAAUAAUGGUGACCCCAUGGUGGUCAUCCCACCCAAAUACUGACCCGUUUCACUGACCAGGCUGGCCUUGGAUACUUCGACAGUAUCAUCUCAUUUUUGUUCUCUUUUGUUUCGUUCCUGCUCUUCACCAGCUCUCACUGCUGUCGCCCUUCGUUGACAUUAAUGUCCGUCUAUUUUCGCCUCUUUACUCUUUUCGCUCUUCUGUUUUAAAACAACGGAGGGAGGGAAAACCAGGCAGAGAAAAAGUUCUGAGAAAAAGACCAGCUGAUGCUACAAGGGAAGGAGGAUGUACUUUUUAAAACUGGAGUGAACAAACUGCAACCAUUCUACCUUCAAACUGGGUCGGGUCUCACUGUGCUAAAUGAAGUCAUUGAAGAAAUGAAAAACGAGAAUAUUUCUUGGUUUUUUAUUUUGGACCUUUUUAUAUUGUGGCUGUUUGAGCCAAGCAAUGCAAGGUUUUUGAGUGUGGGUCAAGUUAUAGUAUUUACAUGACCAUGUCUUCGCACAUGCUACAUACAUGGAUAGUUACAAACGUUGUAUUCAAAUACCAGUUGUGUUUUUAUUUAUGGUUGGGAGAGAGUGCAUUUUAUUUAGUUUGUUGCUGCCGUUGUGUGUUUCACAUGGCAAAAUACAUUGGUUGACUAUAGAUUUUAGUAGUUUAAAAAAUCAAAAAAAACAUGCAAGACAUUCAAUCCAUGCUGCCUUAAGUUUACAUCGCUUUCCACUGCAAACGUUUUCGCCUUAAACUAAGUGCAAUGCAGUAUUUUGCUCAUUUGUCCCAUCUCUUCCAGACUGUUGGUGCUGGCGUGUGUGGGUUUAGGACAGGAGAUAACCCGCCUCUGACAAAUGUAUUGUCUAACAAGUACAACCAGCAAUAUGUAUAGAAGCAGUUAUACAGUUGUGUUUCAAGUGAAUUACGCAGCAAAAGCGAUGCUAUGUGCAGAAAACACCAGUGAAGCAAACCCUUGUCAAUAGCACUGAGUACAUAAAACUUUCCGUGCAAUAACAACUUGAGCGAAAGGUACUUAAAAGCACUACUCAAUUAACCUCAUUCAGUUUAUUCUCUUCAGUGGCGGCUGUUGCUUUCAACGUCCUUUCUCUUCAUCCUUCCAUCUCAGGGCCCCUCUUCACUUCCUUCCCUUCUCCUUUUUCAUCCUUCCGUUCUCGGUUACUCUUUCUUACCACAAUGAGCGUGUUUAUUAAUACUUGAAAUUAAAAAGACAAAGGAAAUAACAGCAGUAAGUUUUUUUCCCUCACAAUUAUACGCAUAUUUAUUAUUGUUGACAUCCUUUAAAUCUGUAAAACUUAACUUUUCAUCAAAAUCAAAACAUGUCUGCGUCUCAAGCCUCUAUGUUUUGGCACUUAUCCUCUUAAUCUACACCGAUAUUCCUCCUCUCCCUAGUCUUUUCUUCCCCUCUUUCCUUCUCUCACUUUUUAUCGGUUGUCGAGGCUGAAAAGCAGAACAGGAGCCAUGUGAGUUUGAUCCCGGCUGCUCGGUCGGCAUAUACUGUAGAUGACCCACUUCUCUGCUCUGCCAGUUGUGGGGCUUGUCUCUCUUUAUUUUACCGCCAAUUCACGCAAACACACAUACAGACACACAACAGUACUGGUCUGCUAAAUACAAACAUAUAAUGAAACAUUGCCCAUUUAAAUGUUCAUUUUUGAGCAUGGCUUCAGAUCCAAAACAAAAACUUUUUUUUUAAAAUCUAUUGAUGAAAACCUUUGUUAGAGGUUUUCAUGUUAAAGUCCAGUUUUUGCUUUAAGAUACUAUGAACAUUUAUGCAAAGUUCCCUGUGUUUUGGCUCCAAUAUAAAAAAUGCAUCAAAGUAUUAUGUGGUUGUGUGUUUCACAAAGAUUUGUAAGCUGCUGCCGCUGCAUCAGUGUAUACACACCUCCCUUCUAUGGAGUGAAGAAAGCCUUCAAACUCCGUUCAGGAAACAUUUCUUUGUGCAUUUUUUUAGGAUAUUCUGUCCUCUGCAACAUUACAAUACAGGAUUAUUGUGUAACUUCCCUGUGUAGUACCUUGAUUUUGCUGGUAUGUUUACCAGGACUUUAAAGUCACACUUUAAAGUAAUACUUUGAUAAGUAAAGAUUCUUGGGGAACAUGCCUAUUUUUAUGAAAAGUUUGACACCAUUCUUACAUUUGUGCAAAGAUAACAAAAAAUGACAACCAUUGAAACACCUAUUCAACCAUGAGUGAUAUGAUUUCCAAUAUAGAUCUAAUGGCAGCUCAGUAGAAUGACAGAUUGUAACCCUGGCUAAAGGCUCCACAGACUUCCAUUCAGACUAAUGUCUUAUAUAAGUCAAAUAACAACCAGCUGAACCAGUGCUCAAAUAUCAAAUCCAUCCAUGCGCUCGAUCUCUCUUUUAAGCCCACACACAGCUUCAUCAGGAACUGCUCCUGCAGCCGGGUUCAUAAGUUACCGUGAGGCCCUGUGCUCUGGGCAGAGUCACAGACUGUGGUGAAGGGAGACGAGAACAGGCUAGUAAGGGACUACUGUCAUAAUUAGAUCUGCAGUGACACACUUACACGCCCUACAUGGACUGAACCGUGCAGUUGCGAGUUGUGCUGUGAAAGGCAAAGGCUAGCUGGAGUCAUGGGCGAGGUAUACGUGAGGUCAAGGAGCAGAUGUCAGGGGGCAACGUAUCUGAAGCUGCUAAUGUCCUAAACUGAGGUUGUGGUGGAGUGAUUGUGAAGUCGACAACUCAUCACGUCCGUUUAGAAAACAACUAUUGUAUCCUUAACUGCUUUGUAAUGUCUUCAGAUGACCUAUGGACACCACAGAUCGUAUCCAAGCUGGACUAAGUGUAAUAUAAUUAAACCUUGACACGCGUGGCCCGUGCUCCAAACGUG